AACCGUUUCAAGACAGUUUCCUGUGAAACCCCAGACCGAAAUGCAACAGAGAACUGUUCUCAGAAGUCUUUCUCGAGAGAGGCCAACAUGGGGAGGCAAAACAAGACCACAGAACAGGAUGAAGAAAAAUUUACAACAAAAAAAAAAAAACAGCCUCAUUACUUAGACAGAUUCUGCAUCAAACACAUUACAGACUUAUAUAAUGCUCUAAAAAGAGGCUUUUAGCAUUUAUUUAUUUAUUUAUUUAUGUUCAGCAAAAUGCACACUUCCCUCACGUCCUUGUUCUCUGGUGUAAAUAUGGCUCAUUUACGAAUGGAAAACAACCAUAAAUAAAAUAUAAGCUCCGGGAUCAAAUUGGGUCUCUACAGAGGCAGUUGCAACAAAAAGAAGAUGUUAUUAAAGACAUGACAUAUGACAGAACGUCAACUAUACCAGAUUACCAGAAGGCCAGCUCCGCCCCUCUCUGGGAUGAUGGAAUGGUGCGGGAGCGCCUGGCCCACUACCAGCAGGCUGCAGAGAAGGCACGGAGCGAGCUGGCCGCCCUGCAGGCCAAACAUCAGAGCAUCCAAGCACAGCUGCAGGACGUCCUCUCCAGGCUGGCAUCUCGGGAUGCAGCAGUCCAGGAGCUGAGGGAGGAGCUGGAGGGAUACAAGGAGUCAGGCGCCAGGCAGGCCUCCCUGGUGGGCACCCUGAGGGAGCGGCUGCAGGACGCAGAACAGGACGCCGGGGGCCUGGCUUCCUCCAAGUCCCGCCUGGAUGCUGCCCUGCAGGAACUGGCCAAUGAGAACCGGGAGCUGAAGAGGAGGGUCCUUGAGCUAGAGAGCCAGUCACAAGAGUACCUUAGUGGCUGGAACAAGACAAAGCGGGAGGCUUCAGACACCAAACGGACAUACCAAGCGUUUGUGUACAAACUCGCUACCAGUUUGGCCGUGGAUCUUGGAGGAAGAAAAGACCCCCUGGAAUAUAUUUUGUCUCAGGUAGAUGCACUGUGUGAGCGGAGUGAGGGACAGAGGGGAAAGAUCCACACCCUGGAGGAGAGUGUACAGGCCCUGGAGGUGGAGUGCAGGGCCAGCAGGGAGACAGUGAUGAGGCUGGUGGCAGAGGUGAGCCGUGAGCGUGGAGUAGCCUCCACUCGGGCCAAGGAGGUGGAGUCUCUGAGACAGGAGCUCAACAGUACCUUGCUGGCCAAGAGGAAUGAGGAGAAGGAGAACCAGAGUCUUCAGGAUAGGCUGCAUGCAAGCCAGCGGGCCCUGGCAGCCACAAAACAGGAGCUGGACAGAAUGGAGAGGCGCUCCCUCGAGCUGGACGGCCAUCUGGCGGGCACCCAAAUCAAAGCCCAGAGUUUGCAGGCCCGGGAACAGGCCUUCAGGGAGGAGCUGGCGACGCUGCUGGGAGGCAAGCUUGCCACAGCGCCCCCUACAGAGGAGGACUUGUGGGAGCAGCUGAAGGAGAUGUGCAGCAGGGAGAAGAGCAGCAGAGCGGCCUUGCUGGAGAUGCAGGCAAAAGCUUCCCAGAUGUCGGAGAAGUUGGCUGAGCAGGAGCAGCUCCACCAGGUGGCGCUGCAGAGGUCCCUGCUGGCAGAGCAGCAUGGCCGGGAGCUGGGUGCAAGGCUCCGGGGGCUGGAGGUGGAGCUGCUGUCAGGGGAGGUCCUUCAGGAUGGGCUUAGGCACAACAAACAGCACCACGAGCGCUUCCUGGAGCAGCUUUCAGAGAAGAUGAAACUGGGUGGGGUCACAGCUGACCUGGGCUUUGACAUGAGGCUGGAAGCCAUUCUGUCACGUGCAGAGCAGCUGGUCAAACAGGAAGGGGCGGCCUUGGUGGAGACCAGGACUUUGGCCCACAGCCUGCAACGGAAGAUGAAGGCCCAGAAGGAACGGCUGGAGAGCAAGGAGCUGCACACAGACCUGCUGCGCAGGAAGGUGGCCCAGCUGGAGGAGGAGAAGAGAGCUCGAUCUGCUCUGGCUGUGGAGCGUGACGAUGCCCACCUGGCUGCCAGAAAGCUGCAGAAGAAGACGGAGAGACUACAGAAAGAGCUGGAGUCCCUGCGGCACUCCAACACUGAGCUCAAAGCUCAGCUCGCUGACACCCAUGGGCUCAAGAUUAAAGUCAUGGAGCAAAAGCAAACCAUCACGGAACAGAACAAGAGCCUUGGUGAGCUGGAGAAGGGGAAGGAGAGUGCAGAGAAGAAGCUGACCACAGCCAAGGCUGAGUUCCAGACUAAGGUGCUUCGAGCCAUAGAGGACCAGCAGCAGGCCCAGAUUCUGCUGGAGAGCCACUCCAAUGAGCUAAGAACCCUCAGGCAAACCCUAGCCGAGCUCAGCAAGACAGAGAGGCAGUUGGCAAACUUUCGCAAGGUAGUGUCCGAAAUGCUGGGCCUAGAUGCCAGCAUGCUGGCCAUCCCCGAUUAUGAGAUCAUUAAGCGAUUGGAAUGGCUGCUCCACCCAUACCACCACCACUACCAUCCCCACCAUCAUGCCUCAGAUGCCCCCAGUGCCUACCCACCCCAGCAACACCACCAGAAGGACCCCACCGCUGAGUCUGCUACCAUGGAGAAUGAUCCAAAUACAGCCCUUAAGGCCCUGCCUGCACCAUCAGAAGCUUCCCCCUAGAGCCCAAGGACCAAUCUCCCAUUGCACACAGAUCAUAAACACCUUUACCUUAGUAGAAUCCAAGCCCAUUACAAGGGUGCUGGGACUCAAUCACAGGAGGCCUGCUGUGUGUUCAGAUAUUUACUGAUUUCCUAAUGUACCGAAGCAUUUUCAGCCUUUUUCUAAAUGAUGGAUUGAAGUUGAAAAUAUAGUUCAGUGAUGCUUGGGCAAUUAAUUUGAUUGUCUGUAACAUAUGUCACCCAUCAUUUUGCCAAGAUAUGUCAGUCACUGAUUAUUUUUCACCUAAAUAUAUUUUAAAUUGAACUAGUCAGGAGUUGCUUGUGCUAUGUGUAAUAAAUGCCAAAGUACAGUAUCUCAUACAUUUUUUGUUUAGAGGAAAAACUGGAAAAAAUUUGCGAGUAUCAAUCAAGGUUUGCAAUGAUUUACAUUCAGAAAGGUAUGAAUAUAAGGUGGAAUGUUAGCAUGACAUGAAUUAAAUCAUAAGAAGAUUUGAUUAGGCAGGGACUGUGCUUAUGACAGAUGUGACAAGACAAAGCUGCUUCCAUGGUAGAAGAUAUACGCUGCAAGAUUUGGCAGAUGUAGCGAUCUCAGUGUGCUUGCACUUUUUACUAUUUUCAGAUGUUUAAUUAUUAGCAGAGAUUGUACAUUUGUAUUUUCAUAAUCCAUUUUACAAGGUACCUUGACACAUUUAGAUAAAUUUGCUUGACUGUG